CCGUAUCCCAUCCUUCAGAUCCACCAUCAGUCAUCAUCAUCAAUACCUCUGAAAAACUUUCACAUCUUACAAAAAGCAGAUCAAAUAAUAUCUAUCAUCUGGAAAUUUGACUUCCAUCAACUACCAUGGCUUCCAUAGAGGAGAUCCGAAAGGCCCAGAGAGCCGAGGGUCCAGCCACCGUGCUUGCCAUUGGCACCGCCACCCCUCCCAACUGUGUUUCCCAGGCGGAUUAUCCCGACUACUACUUCCGCAUCACCAACAGCGAACACAUGACCGAUCUCAAGGAGAAGUUCAAGCGCAUGUGUGACAAAUCCAACAUAAAGAAGCGUUACAUGUACUUAACAGAAGAGAUUCUGAAGGAAAACCCAAACAUGUGCGCUUACAUGGCACCAUCUCUGGAUGCUCGUCAGGACAUGGUGGUGGUGGAGGUUCCCAAGCUUGGCAAAGAAGCUGCCACCAGAGCCAUCAAAGAGUGGGGCCAGCCCAAGUCCAAGAUCACCCAUCUCGUCUUCUGCACCACCUCCGGCGUCGACAUGCCGGGUGCCGACUACCAGCUCACCAAGCUCCUCGGCCUCCGCCCUUCCGUCAAGCGCCUGAUGAUGUACCAGCAGGGUUGCUUCGCCGGCGGCACCGUCCUCCGCCUCGCCAAGGACCUUGCCGAGAACAACAAGGGCGCCAGGGUUCUCGUCGUCUGCUCCGAGAUCACCGCCGUCACUUUCCGGGGUCCUUCCGACACGCAUUUGGAUUCCUUGGUGGGGCAGGCCCUUUUUGGAGACGGGGCGGCCGCCGUGAUCAUCGGAGCCGAUCCCGACACCUCCUUUGAGCGUCCGCUGUUCCAGCUAGUGUCGGCGGCACAGACGAUCCUCCCCGACUCGGAUGGAGCCAUAGACGGGCACCUUCGAGAAGUGGGGCUGACAUUCCACUUGCUCAAGGACGUGCCCGGGUUGAUCUCCAAGAACAUCGAGAAGAGCCUGAACGAGGCCUUCGCCCCACUGGGCAUCUCCGACUGGAACUCCCUCUUCUGGAUCGCUCACCCCGGCGGCCCCGCCAUUCUGGACCAGGUGGAGUUGAAGCUUGGCCUCAAGCCCGAUAAGCUGAGGGCCACGCGCCACAUUCUCAGCGAGUACGGCAACAUGUCCAGCGCUUGCGUUCUCUUCAUUUUGGACGAGAUGAGGAAGAACUCCGUGGAGGCAGGCAAGCCCACCACCGGCGAAGGUUUGGAUUGGGGUGUUCUCUUCGGCUUCGGGCCCGGUUUGACUGUUGAGACCGUCGUUUUGCAUAGCGUUUCAGCUGCUCACAAGCGGUCCUAGUACUUGUGAGUUCCUUCGGUGUGACCAGUCAGUUUGAAAAAUGAAGUGAUUCGACGUCGUUUUGUUUUUUCUUUUGUUUUUUUGUUUUUUUAUUACAAUAAGUGGGUGAUGAAAUGAAAUCAAAUAUAUGAUUGAAUGAAUUUAUGUCCGAUUCAAAGUAAUUAAAUACUAUUUAUUUUCUUCUUUUCCAA